AUGCCAAAAGUUACAUCGUUACCUAAGAUUCCUGCACGAUUAACUAUGCCAAAGUUCACUAUUAACUUAAUAAGCCACCUUGUGGCAUUUCAAGCAAGAAGGGGCAAGUGGGUUGGAUCAAUUAGUAGACUUGUUGAUGCACCUAUUGACAGAGUUUGGAUUAUGGUUUCUCAAACCAAAAAACUACCAGAAUGGAUGCCAAUGGUUGAAAGGUGCACUGACUUAGCUGGAGAAGGAGUUCCAGGCUAUGUUCGGCUUGUCUCCAGAUUCAUGUUCCCUCAAGAUGAUGGGGAAAGGUCAUGGAUCAAGGAGAGGCUAGUUUCCAUGGACUCAUCAGUGCACAGUUUCGUUUACAAAAUGGAAGCAAGCAAUGUGGGUUUAGAUGGAUCUGUAAAUUCAUUAAAACUUGUAGAUUAUGGGGAUGAUUCAACUCUAGUUAACUGGUCAUUUGAGAUAGAUCCUGUAGAAGGGGCUUCCGAGGAAAGUAUUAUAGAUUAUCUAGGAUUUCUCUAUAAAUCUUGCAUAAACAGGAUUGGCAGUGCCAUAGAAGCAUCAUCAUCAAAUAAGAUUUAAGAGCAUGUUUUGUGUUGUGCUGUCUCAAUUGUAAAGUUGCAGCAUCUUUCAUUGUUAUCUACACUAAUAUAUGAUGCCAACUGAAAAACGCAUUCGAUGUUUUCAAA